CAGAGCUAACUCCGUCCUGGAGGAACAAAGACCCGCUGCCCCACACCGCGUCACCUCCAGCAGGUCGGAGCACCAGGGAAGCGCGAGCCGCGUCAAAAUCACAGUGUUCCUCCCUCGCCCUGCACCAUGCUGCGCCCGGUUGCAAUCCACUGUCUGUUUGCCACCUUGCUGUGCACGUGGCCGCCGUGCCACGCCCAGUCCGCCUCCCCUGUGAUCCAGCUGCGACUAGCCGGGGAGAAACGGAAACACUACGAGGGCCGGGUGGAGGUUUUCUACAAUGGAGAGUGGGGGACGGUGUGCGAUGAUGACUUUUCCAUAUCCGCUGCCCAGGUGGUGUGCAGAGAGCUGGGCUUCCUGGACGCCGAGUCCUGGAAGCCCUCGGCCAAGUACGGAAAAGGAGAAGGUCCUAUCUGGUUGGACAACGUGCACUGCUCUGGUGGAGAGAAGAGCCUGGCUCAGUGUCACUCCAACGGCUUCGGAGUGUCGGACUGCAAACAUUCAGAAGAUGUCGGAGUUGUCUGCGCCCAGAAGCGCAUUCCAGGCUUCAAGUUCAUCCGGAACCAGGCCGGCAGCGAAGAGGGUGUGACGGUGCAGGUGGAGGAUGUGAGGAUCAGGGCCACUUACUCUCAGAGGAAGAGGAUUCCCAUCACGGAGGGCUUUCUGGAGGUGAAAGACGGCGGCAAGUGGAGACAGAUCUGCAACGAGGAGUGGACGCAGACCAACAGCAGGGUCAUCUGCGGCAUGUACGGCUUCCCCACGGAGAAACGCUUCAAUGCCCGACCCUACAAGCUGCUGGCCAACCGGCGUAAGAAGAACUACUGGGGUUUCUCCGUCAACUGCACGGGCAACGAGGCCGACCUGUCAGACUGCAAGUUGGGCACAGAGGUCGAGCUGAAGGGCAACAGCACCUGUGAGCAAGGCAUGCCCGUCGUGAUCAGCUGUGUGCCCGGACGGGCCUUCGCCCCCAGCGUCAGUGCCGGCUACAGGAAGGCCUACCGGGUUGAGCAACCCUUGGUGCGUCUGAGAGGCGGAGCUAUGAUCGGCGAGGGCCGCGUGGAGGUGCUGAAGAACGGGGAGUGGGGCACCGUGUGCGACGACAACUGGGACAGAAGAGCCGCCUCCGUGGUGUGUCGAGAGCUGGGCUUCGGCAGCGCCAAGGAGGCCUUGACCGGCGCCCGGCUGGGACAAGGGAGCGGGCCGGUCCACAUGAACGAGGUGGAGUGCUCCGGCUUUGAGAAGUCCCUCACCGAGUGCUACUUCAACCGCGACGCCCUGGGCUGCAGCCACGAGGAAGACGCGGCGCUCAGGUGCAACGUCCCCGCCAUGGGCUUCAACAAAAGACUCCGGUUAAACGGCGGCCGCAACGCGUUCGAGGGCCGCGUGGAGGUUCUGGCCGAGAGGAACGGCUCCGCGGCGUGGGGCGCCGUGUGCAGCGACGGCUGGGGCACCAUGGAGGCCAUGGUGGUGUGCAGGCAGCUCGGCUUGGGCUUUGCCAGCAACGCUUUCCAGGAAACGUGGUACUGGGAGGGAGAUUCCUCGGCCGACGCAGUCCUGAUGAGCGGAGUGCGAUGUUCCGGAACCGAGCUGACUCUGGAUCAGUGUCUCCAUCACGGGAAGCACGUUCAAUGUCCCAAAGGAGGCGGACGCUUCGCCGCGGGGGUCUCCUGCACCCAGAUGGCCCCCGACCUGGUCCUCAGUGCCCAGGCCGUGGAGCAGACCACCUACCUGGAGGACCGGCCCAUGUACGCCUUGCAGUGCGCCCACGAGGAGCACUGCCUCUCCGAAAGCGCCGACACGGCGGACUCCAGCUCCUACCGACGCCUCCUCCGCUUCUCCUCCCAGAUCCACAACAACGGCCAGUCUGACUUCCGGCCGCGGGCGGCGCACCACUCCUGGGUCUGGCACGAGUGUCACAGACAUUACCACAGCAUGGAGGUGUUCACCCACUACGACCUGCUGAGUCUCAACGGCACUAAAGUGGCCGAGGGACACAAAGCCAGCUUCUGUCUGGAGGACACUCACUGUGACGAAGGUAUCCAGAAGAAGUACGCGUGUGCCAACUUCGGGUCGCAGGGCAUCACGCAGGGCUGCUGGGACACCUACAGGCACGACAUCGACUGUCAGUGGAUCGACAUCACGGACCUGAAGCCCGGCGACUACAUCUUCCAGGUCGUGAUAAACCCCAACUACGAGGUCGCAGAAUCGGAUUACACCAACAACGUCAUGAAGUGCCGCUCCCGGUACGAUGGACAGAGGAUAUGGACGUACAACUGUCGUAUAGGUGGCUCGCUGAGUUCACACACAGAGGAGUCUCUCCCCGGCCUGCUGACCAACCAGCUUUCACAAAGGUAGACGGGACAGACGGACAUUAGGGACCCAUGUAUCGCUAUUGGACAACCACUAGAGGGAGCCACGCCGGUUUGCUUCCUCGGAGCUGCGCUGGAUGGGUUUUGGGCUCGGGGCUCGGCCGGUACCCCGGACAUUGAUUCAAGGAGAAAAUGAACUGCUUGCUUUACUCUAUUAACCACAUUCAGAUGGACACACACAUGUACUUUUCUUUUAGUGUCGCGGUGCCUUUGCUUUCAGUGAAAUGUAGGUUAUGACCUGGUACUUAUUAAUGGGAGAGAUGUGGCCAAAUUAUUUAUUAAAUGGACUGUUCCAACAGUUGUUUUCGAAGCCAAAAAGUUUGGGAAAAGCUUUGAAUCAAAAUCCAUUAGAUGACACCUUCACCUGUAUGUUGUGUUUCCUUUGCUGGUGCUACACACA